UCCCCGCUCCCGCUUUGUCCCUUCUCAUUUCUCUUUCUUUCUUGUAAUCCUCCCCAAUCCUCUUAUGGGGGGGGGGGUCCUCUUUUCGACGUUGUCCCGUUUUUCCUCAAAUGCUCCUCUUUCGCCCAGGAUUUCCCUUCCUAAAUUUAAUUUGCUCCUGGCUCCCUCCCCCCACCAGCCUUUGCAAGCCAGACCUGGGAGAUGGGGAGGGGUUCGAGAAUCGAAGCGUGCAUGUUGCUGGGAAACAGUGAACAGAGUAUCUGUCAGGCAAGAGCUGCUGUGAUGGUUUACGAUGAUGCCAAUAAAAAGUGGGUGCCAGCUGGUGGUUCAACCGGGUUCAGCAGAGUUCAUAUAUAUCAUCAUACAGGCAACAACACAUUCAGAGUGGUGGGCAGGAAGAUUCAGGACCAUCAGGUCGUGAUAAAUUGUGCCAUUCCUAAAGGGUUGAAGUACAAUCAAGCUACACAGACCUUCCACCAAUGGCGGGAUGCUAGACAGGUGUAUGGUCUUAACUUUGGCAGCAAAGAAGAUGCCAAUGUCUUCGCAAGUGCCAUGAUGCAUGCCUUAGAAGUGUUGAAUUCACAGGAAACAGCCCAGAGCAAAGUUACUGCUACCCAGGACAGCACUAAUUUGCGAUGUAUUUUCUGUGGGCCGACAUUGCCUAGACAAAAUUCACAACUACCUGCCCAAGUUCAGAAUGGCCCAUCACAAGAAGAAUUGGAAAUUCAAAGAAGGCAACUACAAGAACAGCAACGACAAAAGGAGCUGGAGCGGGAAAGGCUGGAGAGAGAAAGAAUGGAAAGGGAGAGAUUGGAGAGGGAGAGGUUAGAAAGGGAAAGGCUGGAGAGGGAACGACUAGAACAGGAGCAGCUGGAGAGAGAGAGACAAGAAAGGGAACGUCAGGAUCGUCUGGAGCGGGAGAGACAAGAGCGGGAGAGGCUGGAGAGACUGGACCGGGAGAGGCAAGAAAGAGAGCGGCAAGAGCAGCUAGAAAGGGAGCAGCUGGAAUGGGAGCGAGAGCGAAGAAUGCCAAAUGCCGCUCCAUCCUCCGACAGCUCCCUGUUUCAUGUUCCACUUCCUGAGUGUGCCAGUUGCCAGCCUCCUUCAGCACCUCCUCCAUCAUAUGCUAAAGUCAUCUCAGCUCCAGUGUCAGAGGCCACUCCUGAUUACGCUGUAGUGACCGCUUUGCCACCCACUUCCACACCCCCUACACCACCUCUUCGACACUCCGCGACACGUUUUGCAACAUCUCUAGGUUCAGCCUUCCACCCUGUUCUUCCCCAUUACGCUACAGUUCCUCGUCCUCUGAACAAAAACUCUCGACCUUCUUCUCCUGUGAACACACCCUCUCCUCAACCUCCAGCUACGAAGCCCUGUGCCUGGUCUACUUCCAGUUUCUCGCCCCUCCCUCCGUCUCCUCCAGUAAUGAUUAGCAGCCCCCCAGGCAGAGCUACUGGUCCAAGGCCCGUCCUCCCCGGUUGCGUUUCUUCUCCUGUGCCCCAGAGGCCUCCAUCACCAGCGGCCCCCAGCGGGCUGCUCGACUCUGUCACGUGUCCAGUGUCUCCACCGCCUACCUCAGGGCCAGCAGCGCUGCCACCGCCUUCCCUCGCACCACUCUCACACUGUGGAUCUCAAGCCUCUCCUCCUCCAAGCACCCCUGUUGCCUCAACUCCCUCAUCCAAGCCUAGUGUUCUCCCUUCUCCCUCUGCAGCUGCCCCUGCCUCUGUGGAGACUCCUCUAACCCCUGUGCUGGGAGACUCCUCUGCUUCUGAGCCAGGCUCGCAGGCAGCCUCUCAGCCGGCCGAGACUCCAGCCCAGCAGGGCAUUGUCUUGGGACCACCUGCACCUCCACCCCCUCCUCCACUCCCACCAGGUCCUGCCCAGGCAUCAGCCAUACUUCCUCCUCCCCCAGGACCCCCUCCACCCCCUCCACUUCCGUCCUCAGGGCCCCCGCCUCCACCUCCUCCACCACCUCUUCCCAAUCAAGUGCCCCCUCCUCCCCCGCCACCUCCUGCUCCUCCCCUCCCUGCAUCUGGAUUUUUUUCGGGAUCCAUGUCUGAAGACAAUCGCCCUUUAACUGGACUUGCAGCUGCAAUUGCUGGAGCAAAACUUAGAAAAGUGUCACGGAUGGAGGAUGCCUCUUUCCCAAGCGGAGGGAAUACCAUUGGUGUGAAUGCGGCCUCAUCUAAAACAGAUACGGGUCGUGGAAAUGGACCCCUUCCGUUAGGGGGCAGUGGUUUAAUGGAAGAAAUGAGUGCCCUGCUGGCCAGGAGGAGAAGAAUUGCUGAAAAGGGAUCAACAAUAGAAACAGAACAAAAAGAGGACAAAAAUGAAGAUUCAGAGCCUGUAAGUUCUAAGGCCUCUUCAACAAGUACACCUGAACCGACAAGAAAACCUUGGGAAAGAGCAAGUACUAUGAAUGGCAGCAAGUCACCUGUUAUUUCCAGACGGGAUUCUCCAAGGAAAAAUCAGAUUGUUUUUGACAGCAGGUCCUAUGAUUCAUUACACAGACCAAAAUCUGCACCCUCGUCACAGCCCAGUGCCAACGGAGUCCAGACGGAGGGACUGGAUUAUGACAGGCUGAAGCAGGACAUUUUAGAUGAAAUGAGAAAAGAAUUAACUAAGCUAAAAGAAGAGCUCAUUGAUGCAAUCAGGCAGGAACUGAGCAAGUCAAAUACUGCAUAGAGAAUCAAACUAAGGAGAGAUAGGACUUUAAUCUGGAGAAAGGAAAAGAAAAAAAAACCUACAAAGAAGAACUGUGUUAACAACAAAACCCUUACUUACAUCUUGUGAGCUGUAAGAAGAAAAUGGAGACAAACAGUCGGAAGGAGGGAAAAACCAACAUACUUUGAAAGCCUUCAGACAUUACUACUCUGGCGAUAAGCUGUUUCCCUCAGUUUUCUGCUUUUCUCUGACCUUUACAACGGGAUGGAGGAGAGUCAUAUAGGAGUUCCUGUAUCAGUUAUGCAGAAAAUACUGAAUCCAUCAGGCAAGAUCACCGUGCAUUGAAAUACUUUCAUGUCAAGAGAAAAUCGCACGUUUUCCACAAUCCAUUGCUAAAAUAAAGAGGAAAAAGGCUUGAGAAUUUUUUUUCAGAGAAUGGUGAUGAGGAAUUUAGCAAGUUAUGCUAUUGUAUUGUAAAUGUUUCUCUCAGGUUUGUCUUCCUAUCAUAUUUGAUAUUCCGUGAAUAAUUGAGUUCAGCCCUAUGUAGGUUAAGAUCAUAAAAUGUGGAACAAAUGAAAUUAUAUGUGCUUUCAAAGGGUGAUAUUUAUAAGAAAGUGUCCUAAAAAUGAUUUGUUCGGAGUGAGGAAUUUUAGAAUGAUAGGAAGUCUCUCGAGUUUAGCCUUCAUGCAAUUUUGUAGAUUCAAACAUAAAAUUUGUCCAGAAUUUAAAGAUUUAGAUGCCUUCCUAAAUUGUUACAAUGCUUUACCAAAUCUGUGACUCCUACAUAACACAAACCAGUGGUCAAAUGUAAAACAGUAUAUUGUAGAUUCACUGUAGGUUUUCAACCUUUUUUAGAUUUAUGCACGUGGACAUUUUUAUAAUGUAAUUACAACCACCACAAAAUUAGCUUUUUAAAUUGCAGACAGUAAUGCAUGUCAAACUAAUAUGUAGUGGCCUUUUCAAGGCCUAGUCCCAGGGAAAACAUUUUGUAGAGUAUAGGGGAGCGGGAGGAAGGGAAGGAAUAAUUUUUUAUUUAAAGUUAAUUUCUGCACUAUCUUCGUUCUCAGUUAUCUGCAUGAAUAAUAAUGAAUAUUUUGUGACUUUAAUUGGUAAAUAUGUUAACAGCACCAAGUACUUAAUCUUUUACAUCAUGUCUUCAGCUAUUUGUAUUUUAACUUGAGUAAGUUCAGUGGUCUGAAACAUGAUUCUGAGCUUCACAUGAAUUACAUCUUAGUGUGGAACUCAAAAGUUCCAUCCCUGAAUUGGGCAGUUGUUAUUACCUAGGCGCCCUGCAGUUAUACAGGUGUCCAGGUACACAUUCCUGACUACAAAGCUGCUUUUGAACCUUGUUAUGUUGAAAUACUAGAAAAGUAACAAUGAUGGCAGGCAGCAAUUAAGGUCACAGAAAUCAUUAGAUAAAGGGAAAACAACGAGGGGGGGUCCUGCAUAAUUUUCUUUUAAUAAAUAAAGUGAGACUUAGGUGGUGGGAAGAAGGAACUAGAUACUCUACUUACCACCGUGUGCGUGCGUGUGUGCGUGUUUGUGUGGGCACUCACGUGUGUGUAUGUUAUCCACUCCCUUUUCUUUGAAACUUCUAAGAUUAAAAUAGGGGAGAAAUCCUGUAUGUUGCAAUGAUAGAAUUUUUUGAAAUUUUAGGAAAUCACAAUUCUCCAGGCUCUCCAUCUUGAUUUAUGCUUGAGUUGUUAUGUGCCAUAUUUGCUUUGAAACCUUUGAUUAUCAGUAGUUUUACUAAAAUUUUGAAGAAAUAAUCCACUUUCAUCUGCUUUCUAGAUUUCUUAAUCUAAGUUCAUAAGACGGAACUUGUUGAUAGCAUAGUUUUCUAAGCGCCGCAAGUUUGCAGCCAUUACCACUUCAAAGAGGUUUGAAUGAGGGAAUUUUUUUCCCUUGUUAAAAUAGUUCCUGUUUCUGUAGAAACUUCAUUUUUAGAUCUGUGAUGGAUGAGCUAUCAUAAUUCAAGUAUACAGUUCUUUUUUUCUAUCAACUCUUCAUUGUCAUCCAAUAGUGAAGACAUUAAAGAUGCAGCAAGCUUAUGAAGUACUACUUUCUAAAAGAAAUAGGAGGCAUUUUCAUCUUUAUUGUUGUACUUUUGGUUGUGCAAACACUUUGAUGAUACAAAUGUUUAUGUCCCCCAUAAAUCUGGUCAGAAAUCACUUUUGAUUUUGUUGAUUAAGUUAAACGGUCUAUAGUAGGAUAGAGUACUGGGUACAAGUGGUCCAAAGUAAGAUAAAAGACUCCGGUAAAAAUGCUAGAUCUUAAAAAAGAAACUGGUUUAUGCACUAAACGUUUUGUGCCUUGGUCUAAUAUUCACAUGAUGUCUGUGUAAAAUGACAAAAAGAACAAGUGUUGAAUCACGUUUUAUUUCCUGUCAUUCUGCAUUAUCCCAGAUUGCUAAAUGUGUUCUUUCCAAGAAGUUUGAUUGAAUUACUGUAUACAUUUGCUGUCCUAUGUGACAGUUUUGUCAUUGUUAGAGAUUUCAGUAAUUAAAAUGGGAAACAGAAGCUUUGGUUAUUUUCCUUAUCGAAACUAUGUUCCUUGGGGCCACAAUAUUAUGAUGGUUUUCGUGCUCUUGUACAUUGGAUGUCUUAAGCUGAGUGCAGUUUAGGGGAUCCUUUCUAAUUACAGGAAGGUACUUCUUUCCUUCAACACUGUGAUCUGACCUGUGACAAAUCUGUACUAUACACUAUGUAAAUGGCUAACAAGUCAAUUGCAAACCAACUGAAUGUACAAAUCUUAGUGCUGGUGCUGAAAUCUCUUCAGAAUAGUCAUCAUGAUCUCAAAGUUUGUUUCAAAAUUUGCAAGCAUCAAGUGUCAAUCAAAACUGAAGAUGAAACACUAAUGAAUGUUGAAUUCUCAUGCUUUAGGUGUACUUCCUUAUUAGAGUUUUUGGUUCUCUGCUAUUUUUACCGUACUGUUUCAUUUAAAUUUCCUACAUGCUAACUUCGUUUGUGCGAUUGAAAUAAAAUUGCAGUAUAUACGUGUU